AUGGGUCAGCGCCACCAAGUCUACGUUAUCGCGCGCGUGCGCCGCAAAGACGAAACGACUGGCCACCGUCGCUGCGUCGCCGCGUAUCAUCACCAGUGGUGCUAUGGCCGCACAGCCCUACAACUUCUCUCACGCUUUCUGAAGCUCAUCUCACAGCCCGAUAAUGCUCAGAUGAUACGCCGUGAGAUCGCAAACGUGCAGGGAAACUGGGGCGAGGUCCCCGCCCCUCCCGCCUAUGCCCCCAGAUCCAGAGAGGACUACGUCCCUUGCCCCUUCAUCGCUUACCUUCUGCAACUGUCCUGGAACGUCAAUCUCGACGAUGAUCCGGUGUACGUUGCCGGCACGACCUUCUCUAACGCUGUCCUUGACGCACGGAUGGAGACAUCGCAGGGUGAUAAUAACGACGGCAUUACGGUCAUCGAUGUUACAGAUCCGGCCAAUCCGUCCUACUGCUUCAACGCGAUUGGCGGCCCUCCUCUCACUGCUGAACAGUACGUUCGGCAAUACUACCCUCAAACUGUCGAUCUCGCCACUAUCGACGAGUCCGUACUUGAAGACAAAGAGGGUUUGAGUGAUGAUGUCGCCACCGAGCGCAUGGUUAUGCAAACCAUAUCCGCUCUUGAAGCCGUCCCUCUCAUGUCUAUCGACCUACUCGUUGAGGCUUGGCCUCGAGAGUACACACGUGCACGGAAGAAGAUGGUCGCUGCCGGUACUUACGUGCCCAGCGAUGCUGUCUCCCAGGACGACGCUGUACCGGCCACCUCUACAAUUUCGGACGCACCUCUUCCUCCGCAGCCUGAUAUGCCAAGCUUGGCAGGUACUCCCUUCCGCAAGGCCGUUCUUCACGCGGCCAGCACGGGUGACAUCAAACCCGUCGAAGACUCUCCAUCCGUACCUGGCCAAACCGAGAUCGCAUUGAGCGCCUUGCGCGAGUUAACCCCGUCUCCUGAGGCGGCGGCGGGACUGCUCAGUCUCGUCAUUGGCAGAGACUCCCGAAACGUCGACGCCCUCGACCUGUCGGACAUCGAGCUAUCUCCCACCGCCAUCCUCGGCCUUGUCAAGGCAGUUGGCGGCGCUCUUGUCAAGCUCGAUCUUACCGGGAACAGUCAAGUGGCCAUUCACGACCUCGAAAACAUCUUGCACGCAGCUCCCAACCUUCGGCAGCUGACCAUAUUCGACUGCCCCCUCGUGUCGGAUGAGGACAUCUACGGCCUCCUCGCAUCCUCCCCAAAGUCUGUUUAUCCUCUUGAGUUCAUCGGGCACAACGCGUUCUUCCGGCGGGCCCGUGAUGCUCGACCGUCGUGCCCUUACACUCCGGCCUUCACGUGCAUUAUCGGGACUCCCAUGCGAGGGCAGCCGCUUAUCACUUCCCUCCCGUACUUCACCCCAAGCCGCCUUCUUCGCUCCCUCUAUACGUUACUGAAGCCAGUGGCGGCAGUAUCCGGCGCCUUAACCUCCUCAGCUAGCGCGCGAGACCCGAGAGUCUCUAUGCUUGCACUUUCCGGAAGCCAACUAUUCGGUUCCUCGGCACUUCCCCACGCCGCCUUCACGACCUGGUUUGGCGAUGCCGCCACGGUCACCGACGCUAUCCGCGUGGCUGAGGGGCAAGAACCUGAUCCUUCGGGUCUUAGGGCCAACACGCAGCGAAUCAUGCUGAUUCCGCAGGCGUCCACGUCCUGGGAUGGAUGGCUCCUCAUGAUACAACCCCCGAGCUAUUUCUCGCCAGCCGGCUUCGCCAUCGCUCGCAAACGCCCCGUUGUUCCUUCUACCGAUGCCGAGGCGGUUGAGAAUGCUGCGCUGGACCUUGAAGUGUUCUCCUUCCCCGAUUUUAUCAGAACUCUCGAGGAGGAAGGUCGCCCUGCGCCACCGGCUGAAGAUGUGGCGGCGCUUGCGAGCGUCAUCGAGAGUGUCUUCCCCGCAGACGCUCGCUUCGAUUCGGCUGGUGCCGUCGAGUUCUUGAAGGAGGCGAUGAUGAUGUCGCGCGCGUUCGGGUCGUUCUGA